AUGCCGACGAGUGCUCUCCUUACAGUCUCAGUUGCAUUUUCAGGCCUUGGCUUUACCACCUUCUACUUAGCUGGAAAGUUACACUGCUUCACGGAAAAUGGCCGGGGGAAGAGCUGGCGGCUUUGUGCAGCAAUUCUCCCACUCUACUGUGCCAUGAUGAUUGCCCUGUCACGUAUGUGCGAUUACAAACAUCACUGGCAAGAUGCUUUCGUUGGAGGGAUCAUUGGCCUCAUAUUUGCUUAUAUUUGCUACAGACAACACUACCCUCCUUUGGGUAAUACAGCUUGUCAUAAAUCUUACGUCAGCCUGCUAGAUCAGAACUCUGUGAAGAAAGAAGAGAGACCUACAGCAGAUAAUGCUACUGGCCUGCCUCUAGAGGGAAUAACCGAAGGUCCUGUAUGA